UGUGAUUCUAUGAAAUGCAAGCAGAAAACUGGGAGAGGAGUUGAUGAAUGUCAGGGUGGGCUUCUAGCAUUACUGAAGGUUAAACUGUGCCUGUAGCAUCCUCUGUGUCCCAUCUCAACCUGGCAGAGGGGAAAGCUUGCAUCACACAUCGCUGCUUGGGAGCCAGACAAGUGCCUGGUGCCUGGUACAGGGAUGUGUGACCCCUGUGCAGCCCCAGUGAUGCUGGCUGCUCGUUGCUGCUCAGUGCUCCACCAAAACUCGCACCCAUGCACCUGAUGAUCUCUUGGAAACAUUUCUACCUUUGGGAGUAUUCUGUUCUGUCAGCAAAGAGAUAAAAAAAGCUUCAUCUUGCUUUCCAUUUGCUCAGCUUGUGGGUCAGCCCCAAGCAUUGCUGGCUCAGCCCUGCAGCCUCUGUGCAGAGGCUUCCCUGUGUCAAAGGUGAGGAAGGGCUGUUCUCCUCCUCCCAAAUCUCCCCCUCUUCCCCUUCCGCCUCGACAUGCUCAUUCAUGAAAAAACAUCUGCUGGAUGGAUGAGGAGACAGAAAUUAACACUGGCACGUUUUUCCCACUCGUUGGCCAAGGGAGGUUGUAGGCUCAGAGGGUUUUAAUCUUUGUUUUCACAGCUGGAUUCAAUAUUGCGCUUUCUCCUCUCCAGUGUUUCAUUGCUGCUCAUUCCCCCGAGCAACCUGCUGCAAAGCAAAGUGUGCACUCACAUUGUGGGACAGCUCACAGCCAGCUUCCCUGGGGCUGCCUGCACCUCAGGACCCAUGACCCUCACAGCCCCCUCUGCUCAUUAGGGAUUGUGCUGAGAUUUAUGCUCUCCCACUGAGGCUCCAGAAGGGCGAUGCUGCAGUGACGAAGGUUCCAUCCCACGAGGAUCCUCUGAGAGCAUCUGGCUGCAGCUCAACUCUCCCAGCUCCUUUCCACCUGGCUCCACGUGGGGUGAAGAGGUCCCAGCAGCAGGAAUCAGCUUGGUCCGUCCUUUGGUAGGGGCAAAUGCGUGGGGUCUGCCUUAGUCCUGUGCAUGGAGCAAACCCUCAGCCUAUGGUGCCAACCGAGACAUCAUGGGUCUUUCCUCUGCUGCAGGGUUUGGUUAUAAGGUGGAGGGUGUACAGAAUGGGAUGUAGGCUUUGGUGGAGGUGGUGGAGGGUUUUUGUGACGCUCUUGUAGGGUUCUGUGGUGCUUGUGUAGGGCUUGGUGAUGGUGAUGUAGGGUUUUGUGAUGCUUGUGUAGGGUUUACUAGUGCUUGUGUAGGGUUUGGUGGAGUUGAUACGCAGUUUGGUGGAGGUGGUGUAGGGCUUGGUGGUGGUGUAGGUGAAGCCUGGUGCUCCUGUAAGAUCUGAUGGUACUGGUGGUCCUGGCAGUGUUUUGGAUCUCUGGAUGCCCAGCACAUAACACAGGCAGCUGUGUCCUCAUGCACAUUGCAGUGGCUGAGGUGCCAUCAGCCCCUCAUUGGGUGCCCAAGGGCUCGGACCUCAGGCUCUGAAGUUCUUAAUGUCAAAGCUUCAGGCAUCAGCAUGGCCUGAUGCCAGAUGGGACUGGCUCCAUUCCCACCUGUACACCAGCCUGAAGGCACCUCUCCACCUCACCAUAUAUCUCCAGGCAGAGACACCCAUCCAACACCAUCCCACCCAUCCUGCGAGCUUUGGGGACGAAAACACACGUGUCCCGCCUUCUUGGCACUGGGGAUCCAGCUGUGGGGCUCAGUGCAGAAAGCCUCACACAGGGUGGGGGCCCACCUAUAUAAACAAGGCCAGGAAGGCUCCCAGCCAUUCCCACUCCUUGCUCCCCUUUGGAUCUGAGCAGCCAUCCUCCGCCGAUGCUCCCACCCCUGGCUCUGCUGGGCAAGGUUAUAACUGAGUAGCCCUUAUGACCAACAUGAGCUGGAGCUUUCUCACCCGCCUGCUAGAAGAGAUCCACAACCACUCCACCUUCGUGGGGAAGGUCUGGCUCACCGUGCUCAUCGUCUUCCGCAUCGUCCUGACGGCGGUCGGUGGAGAAUCCAUCUACUCUGAUGAGCAAAGCAAGUUCACUUGCAACACCAAGCAGCCCGGCUGCGACAACGUCUGUUACGAUGCCUUCGCCCCGCUGUCUCACGUUCGGUUUUGGGUCUUCCAGAUCAUCAUGAUAUCCACACCUUCAGUCAUGUACCUGGGCUACGCCAUCCACCGGAUCGCCCGGUCAGCGGAGGAGGAGAAGAAGUUCAAGGGCUUCAAGAAGAAGAAGCAGUUUGCUUUGAACUGGCAGGCGGUGCGCAACAUGGAGGACGCGAUGGAGGCGGAUGAAGAGGAGCCCAUGAUCUCCGACGACGCAGCAGAAAAUGAGAAAGCCAAAGCCAAGCCCAAGAGCAAAGAGCAGCAAAAGCACGAUGGGAGGAGGCGAAUCCAGCAGGAAGGACUGAUGAAAAUCUACGUCUUCCAGCUGCUUACCAGAGCUUCGUUUGAAGUUUGUUUUUUGAUAGGGCAGUAUUUGCUCUACGGUUUUGAGGUAGAAGCUUAUUUUGUCUGCAACAGACUGCCUUGUCCUCACACGGUGGACUGCUUUGUGUCCCGGCCAACUGAGAAGACAAUCUUUUUGCUGGUGAUGUACGUGGUGAGCUGCCUGUGCUUGCUGCUGAACAUGUGUGAGAUGUUCCAUCUGGGCUUCGGGACCAUCCGAGAUGCCAUCCGCAACCGGAAAAUCAACAGCUUCAGGCAGCCCCCCUACAACUACGCCUACCCCAAGAACAUCUCCUGCCCCCCCGAGUACAACCUGGUGGUGAAAUCGGAGAAGUCCACCAAGAUCCCCAACAGCCUGAUGGCUCACGAGCAGAACCUGGCUAACGUUGCGCAGGAGCAGCAGUGCACCAGCCCGGAUGAGAACAUCCCAGCGGACUUGUCCACCCUCCACAAACACCUGCGAGUGGCCCAGGAGCAGCUGGACAUAGCGUUUCAGAGCUAUGGCAGCAGCCAGGGCAACGCGCAGCCCUCCCGGACCAGCAGCCCUGCCUCAGGUGGCACGGUGGUAGAACAAAAUAGGGCCAACACGGCCCAGGAGAAGCAAAGCGCUAAGCCCAAGGCGUCCUUGGAGAAAGGCAGCUCCAGCAGUAAGGAUGGAAAGACGUCUGUGUGGAUAUAGCCUGUCUGCCAGCAGAGAGGGCAGCGUAUGUGGGGUUUUAUUUGGGGUUCUGUUUUGCAGUAUGUCUCGAGUUUAUUUCACAGGGCACAGAUACAUUUUUUCUGUGGAAGUCAAGAGAGAAAAGGAAUUUCAGACCAAUUUAGUACUGUCUUCCGGUGCAUUAACAAAAGACAUUUCCUUCCUCUUUCCAACACAUCCUCCAGCCGGGAACCUCCAGUGAGUGACAGCGACCGCUGCAUCCCGCCGAGGCUGGACAGCCUGCUGUGAUGGAAGCAGGGAGCAGCUCCCACACACAGUGCUGCAGUCAGACGGCCUUUAAUUACUAAAUAUCCUUCAUCAAAAUUAAUUUCCGAUCCCUUGAUUAGAAAGGAAAGUGACUGAUACGUCGACGAACUUUCACGGCACGCUCCCAGCUAACGUCUCACCGGAAUUUUUCAGUGCACAGCAGGCAGCACUGGAAGCGAAGGCAGCAGAGGUGCAUGCAUAGCACAGCACUGAUGGAUUUCAUCUUUCAUUCUGCGCUGAAACAAAAAGCAAACACGGCCAAACACUCCGCAGUGUGAGUUGGCAGUGACACUGCUGCUCGUACGGGUGCCUGCGUAGCGCUUGCUACAGAUGGAAUCACUGCAGUUACAGUGUUUUUAACAAACUGCUGCUUCACAUCAUCAGAAAGUGCCUUUUUGCAACCAGGAAAACAAAGUCAUAAAGGGUGUCGACUUCUUCACGUGCUAAAUUUGAGUAAAGAUGGGAAGAUCAGUGUUGGCAGGUUUGUUUUUCUGUUUAAUCGAACUGUUACACACAGUGGCAGACAGCAGACCUAUGCAUAGCGCGUAUACGAUGCGUGUGUGUGCACAUGUCAGCAUAUAUAUGGACACAUGAACAUGUGUGUGUGCAUAUAGAUACAUAGAUAUAUAUAUAUAAAUGUGAUAUCAACCCUCUGGUAAUUUUACAGCCUUCCACUUUCCCUGGGAAAUCUUGUUGGAUCCAGGAGUGUCAGUGGGAAACGGGCAGGUUUCCAUACACUUGUUAAGGGGCUCAGCAGAAGACCUGGUGGACAGGACCCAGGGCAGCAGCAAGAAGUUUGCCUCUGUUUUAUGGAGAGAUUUUGUUGCCUUUGCUUGGUUUUAAGGCAGUCUCCUUGCAGUUGCAGGAGCUCCAAGGCUCCUGCUGGUGCUGGAUGUGCUUUGGUGGGUGGUUUCAUCCUGGAGCUGAGGCGUUCUUGAGAUGCCUGUGGCGAUUCACCACCAUGGAGGCAAAGUAGGCAGAGCCUUCCAGAUCAAACUUUACAAGGAAGAAUUAAAUCCUUACAGAAUACAGCAUCAUUCCUGUGCUGAGCUGCUCCCUUACAGCCAUGCCAGCAUACAAGCCCUCAUGCCACUAUUCCUUUCAUGUUACUUCUUGAUGGGCUCUUACUCAUGACCCUGAGAUCAGUCUCUUAAGCCUUGAGGGCAUCUGCUCUCCCCAGCCAGCAAGAAAGCUGUGCAAUGCCCAUGGAGAACAGUGCUGGUAGCAAACAGUAGGUUUUAAAAGGUGCAAAGAAAUGUUCUCUGAGGUAUCCAACUGCAAAUAUUCGAUAUGGCUUUGAGUAACAGUCUGGAGACAGCUCCAGGCUUGUUCCUGAUCCUGCAGGAGGCACUGCCUGGAGCGCUGCCUGCUCUUGCUGCUGGAGUUGUUCUCUUUGGAUACAGGCAGCUGCAUCCCACAGGAGGCUCAGCGCAUCGUGCAGCAGCACUGGUCUGCAGCAGCACACACACAUCGCGUGCAGGGAUGUUUUGUAAUGUGAAUUUUCCAUCAGAGGCUCAGAAAGUUCACAGCACAGUGGUAGGACAAACAUAUCUGCCCGCGCUGCUCCUUGGCCUACAUAUGGGCACCCACCCACUCGGGCAACGCAGAGAGACUGGGUGCUGCUGGCAGUGCUGUCGUGAAGGUACAGACAGCCCAGGGCUUAUUCCCCUGAAGAUUUGGGGUGUUUGAAGACUGUCUUAUCUCCGUUAGCUCUGCUGUAAGCCAAGCAACCCUACUUUCACCAGCCUGUCAUUUCCGUGCCAUGGAUCCGGCACGCCAAGAGGGAUGAUCAGGCAGUCCUGCAGCAGAUUUGCAGCCUCCUCCAGGCUGGUGUCACCAGCACAUUUAAUACGCACACGCUGUUUUCCAUAGUGGGAGUCAAUAAUUGCAGUAUUGAUGAGCACUAGAGCCGGGGCAGACACUUGGGUGUUCGAUACCAGCUCCUCAUCAGGCAGGGUAACUGCUCACUCUGCCGUCCUCCCAGCCAGCCCUGCUCAUCUGUAGGGCUUGAAAACUUCCUUGUAUAAAAUGCUUUGCAAAUGAGGGCUGAUCUCACUUUCCCUUUUUUUUUUAUUCUUCUUUUUCCAAGCUUUUUGACAGGGACUGAAGCAAAAGGGCACGCUGGUGGCAGGACUGCUUAAUGCCAGGAUCUUGUGGUGGGCUGCCAAGCUCCCAUACGCUCCUCCAUACCAAGAAGGAGCCGCCCCUGUUCCUCCAGCCACCAGUAUGAGUCAGAUAGCCCUAUAAAUAUGGAGGCUUAUUAUUAUAAUUAGAUAUACCGAAUUGCUCACUUCCCCCUUUCCUCCACUGCUUGCCCUCUGGAGCUCUUAGGAUGUUGUGUGCUCCACUGAGUCACCUCCACCACCAAGGCACCGACGUCUCCGCAGCAGUGACCCCUUCCAGAGCAGGAAGGGAAAUCCCAUAUUUACUGUGUCUGUUAGGGCAGGAAAAGGAUAGGAAGGCAAAAUAUGUGUAACCACAAGCAAAAGCCCCGCCACAAACCAAACCGGCGGCUUGAGGAAUUUCAAGCAGACGACGGGCAGCAUCGGCCAUGGAAGAAAUGCCAGUAUUACAACUAAUGCUUUGCUUUCUUUUCUGCAGGUUAGUCAUUUAGUUCACGCUCCAGACGGGUUUAGCUCUGUAGCUGAACUAAGCAUAAAUGUUGAUUCCCUCACUAAGCUUUGCUGGAUAAAGUGCCCGCCCUUGCGUUUCUGUUCUUACCAUUCAGGGCCAGGAAUGUCCCACGUAAAAGCCAGAUUACCUUGUUGCUUGCAUUGCAUUCCACUGGAAAAUACUUGAACUUAACUCAAGGCCAUAACCAGUCUGUGCUGUUAUGAAGUUUCUGGGAUAUUUUUUUUGUUCGUUUUUUAUGUACUAACUGUAUUUGUACUAGAAAAUUUUUGAGUAUGAGGUUGAAUCUCUCUAAGUAUUUCUCAGUGUAAAUGUUCCAUCUGGACUGUAGUUAGGUUAAGCAUUGGUCAAAAGAGAAUGAAACAUUAGCCCCACUCUUCAACCGGCUAUUCCACGUCCAUUACUAAUAAAACAGAAUAAAACUUACAUUUUGUUACAGAA